CCCUAAUGGGUUUCAGAGUUUCCUACGUUCUUCACCUUGUUGUGUUGUUUUCUAUGAUGUUUGUUUCUGCAUGGUCUCAAGAUGAUGUUGUUAUGCAAAAGCUGAAAAGUUCUAUAAAAUCAUCAAGCAAUGAUCUUGAUUGGUCAGACUCAGAUUUUCGCAAAUGGAAUCGUGUUCAGAUUAAUGGAAACACAGUCACUGCAAUUCAAAUUGCAGGUCUGAAUAUUCAAGGUUCUUUACCAAAAGAAUUGGUGCAACUCACUCAGUUAAAUCGUUUUGAGUGCAAUGGAAACGCUUUAUCUGGUGAUUUUCCUUACAUGCCAAGUUCACUUCAGUUUUUGUAUAUUAACAACAACAAUUUCACUUCCAUGCCAAGUGAUUUCUUCACAAACAUGAGUAAUUUGAUAGAGGUGAGUAUUGGUUAUAACCCUUUUCCUCAGUGGCAAAUUCCUUCUAGUCUUAAGAAUUGUUUAGCCCUUAAAGUUUUUUCUGCUAUGAAUGCUAGUUUAGUUGGUGUAAUCCCUGAAUUCUUUGGAAAAGAAACUUUUCCAGGUUUGACUAAUUUGUAUCUGUCUUUCAAUUUUCUUGAAGGUAAUUUGCCUAAUAGUUUAUCUGGUAGUUCUAUAGAGAAACUUUGGGUAAAUGGUCAAAGUAGUAUUAAUAGACUCAAUGGCACACUUUCUGUUUUGCAAAAUUUGACAUCAUUGAAACAAAUUUGGGUACAUGGUAAUUCGUUUACUGGUCGUAUACCUGAUUUAUCAAAUCAUGAUCAAUUGUUUGAUGUUAGUUUGAGAGAUAAUCAGUUAACCGGUGUUGUUCCACCGUCUUUAACUUCGCUUCAAAGUUUAACAGUUGUUAAUUUGACAAACAAUUAUCUUCAAGGGUCACUUCCUAAGUUUCAAAAUCGUGUUCGUGUUGAUAAUGAUAUUGAUAGAGGGACUCAUAGCUUUUGCACUAAGGCUAUUGGUCAACCAUGUAGUCCACUUGUUAAUGCUUUGCUUUCUGUUGUUGAACCUUUUGGUUAUCCUCUUAAACUUGCUCAAAGUUGGCAAGGUAAUGACCCUUGUCAAGGUGGUUGGUUGGGGGUUGUUUGUUCUAGUGGCAACAUUACCAUUAUCGACUUUCAAAACAAGGGUUUUACUGGCAGUAUUUCUCCUAAUUUUGCAAGUCUUAGUUCUUUGACGAAGUUGCUUCUUGCUAACAAUAAUCUCACCGGUACUCUACCUAAGGAGCUUGCUAGUAUGCCUCAAUUGAAAGAGCUAGAUGUUUCGAAUAAUUUGUUGUAUGGUCAUAUACCGUCGUUUCGCGGCGAUGUGGUUGUUAAAACAGGUGGAAAUCCUGAUAUUGGAAAGGAUAAACCUCAUGACUCGCCUGACAGCCCCAAAUCUAGUUCCGACUCUAGUUCUGGAGGUGAAGAUAAGAAGAAAUUGAGUGUUGGAGCAAUUGUUGGGAUUGUGAUAGGAAUUUUAUGCUUAAUUGGUACACUGGUUGUGGUAUUUGUUAUGUGCCAUAGAAGACAAAAUAAGCGUGAUGACAAAAUUGAAACUCCGAAUGCGAUCGUGGUACAUCCUCGUCACUCUGGAGAUGGAAAUGGCGUGAAAAUAAGUGUUGCAGCAUCUGGAAGUUCUGGUGCCGGCGUUUCAGGAGGAACUGCUGGAUUUAGUCAAUCGAGUAGUGUUCAAAAUGUGGAAGCUGGUAAUAUGGUGAUUUCAAUUCAAGUUUUAAGAGAAGUUACAGGCAAUUUUAGCGAAAAAAACAUAUUGGGGAGAGGCGGUUUCGCUACUGUAUACAAAGGAGAAUUGGACGAUGGAACAACGAUUGCAGUGAAAAGGAUGAAAUCUGAAAUGGUUGGUGAUGAAGGGUUGAAUGAGAUCAAGUCCGAAAUCGCGGUUCUCACUAAGGUUCGACACAGGCAUUUGGUUGCACUCCAUGGCUAUUGCUUGGACGACAAUGAGAAACUUCUUGUUUUUGAAUACAUGCCUCAGGGAACUCUUAGUCAACAUCUCUUUGAGUGGAAAGACGACGGGUUGAAACCGCUCGGAUGGAAGAGUAGGCUUUCCAUUGCCUUGGAUGUUGCCCGAGGUGUUGAAUAUCUCCAUGGUCUGGCACAACAAAUUUUCAUUCAUAGAGAUCUGAAACCAACAAAUAUUUUGCUUGGAGAUGAUAUGCGCGCUAAAGUUGCCGACUUUGGAUUAGUUCGGCUAGCUCCAGAAGGAAAAGCUUCAUUAAUCCAGACUAGAUUUGCAGGAACUUUUGGAUAUAUGGCACCAGAGUAUGCAGUCACCGGCCGAGUCACCACAAAGUUAGACGUGUACAGCUAUGGCGUGAUUCUUAUGGAGAUGAUAACCGGAAAGAGAGUAAUCGACAACAACCAACCAGACGAGAACAUCCACCUUGUUACUUGGUUCCGCAGAAUUAUACUUAACAAAGGCUCGUACGAAAAGGUCAUUGAUCCAGCAAUGGACAUCAACGAGGAAGGCUUGGAGAGUUUCAGGAUCAUUUCAGAAUUGGCAAGCCACUGCUGUGCAAGGGAGCCUCAUCAGCGUCCCGAUAUGGGAUACGUAGUGAAUGUGUUAGCACCUCUUGUUGAGAUUUGGAAGCCGGCUGAACCUAAUGCUGAUGACAUGUAUGGGAUUGACUUGUAUAUGGGUUUGCCUCAAGCACCGAGUAAGUUGCAGAAUCUUGAAGGAAUGAGCAACACACUCGAUGUUUCGUAUUGUUCGUCGAAGGCUGCUAGUUCUGAGAAUACGCAGUCGAGUAUACCACCCCAGUCUCCUGGAUUUGUUGAUUCCUUUACAUCUUCUGAUGCACGAUGAAUUUUGAGAAUACACGGUCGAGUAUACAAUUUAGGGGAUUGAGAUUAGGGGAUUCUCUUAGACUAACUUGUGUGUUAUUUCAUUAUUGUCAAAAAGUCACUCAUAAAUACGAUGUUUGUUUCGAUUGCAGCAGUUGGAACUAUUAGAUUGUCCCCUAAUUUUCUUCUACAAAAUAUAUUA